CUGUACCACCUACCGCAAGAGUUUCAGAUUUUCAAAGCAUGUCUUCUCCCCAACCUGGGAGAGUUACAAAAUCCAAGGGAUCUAGCACAACACCCACCAAAGUGCCUGUACAGCCCAUAGAAGCUGUGGGACCAGCCAUAAAAGCAGCUUCACCUUCAAGAAUCUCCAAGAAACCUACCAGUUCUGAAACAUCUGUCGAAAACGCCGUAUCAGCUACCAGAACUGGGAAAAUGUCCAGACGUGCAUCAUCCAUCAGAUUUGUUGAACCAGCUGGAAAACCCUCACAAAUUCCUAAAAGAGACAAGAGAGGCAAACCAAAAGCUAAACUUCAUCAUAGACCUUCAGAAGCCAGUGCAGUAUCUUCCAAGCCCAGUGGUCAUUUGAGAAAAUAUUCAAAAACAGAAGUAAAAAGUGGCACUAGAGAACCAAGGAAAACCACCCCCAAACAGGAAAUUAUUUUGAAAGUUCAGGCAGUCCCAUCACAAACUAGUCAAGGUAGUCUUAAAUACCAGCAUAAAGGAGAAGUGAGUGGCCCUAAGGAGAUCAUUAUAAUGGGACAAAAACAGAAAACUGGAGAGAAAGUUGAAGAUCUUCCUGGGCAAACCCAAAAAAAAGAAGAGAAAAAAGAAAAGGAAGACAAAAAGAAAGAUAAUGAGAAGGGCACAGACAAGAAAAAGGAAAUGGAUAAGGACCAACCAAAGGAAGGAGAUGGUGAAAAAGAUAAUCGUGCAAAAAAGGAACAAGAGGAUAAAAAAGAUAAGCAGGGAGAUAAAGACAAAUGGGAAGAUGAGGAUAGGGCUAUGAAAGAAGAUAAGGAUAAAGAAACUAAGAAGAAGAAGGAAACUGAAGAUAAGAAAGAAUACAAAGACAUGAAGGGAGGUGAACACAAGAAGGAGGACAAGGACACAAAAGGAGGUGAAGACAAGAAGGGAGAUAUGGAUAUAAAGGGAGAUGAACACAAGAAGGAGGACAAAGACACAAAAGGAGGUGAACAAAAGAAGGAAGUCGAGAACAUGAAGGGAGGUGAACAAAAGAAGGAGAUCAAGGACACGAAGGGAGGCGAACCCAAGAAGGACGACAAGGACACGAAGGGAGGCGAACCCAAGAAGGACGACAAGGACACGAAGGGAGGCGAACCCAAGGAGGAAGGCAAGGACACGAAGGGAGGCGAACCCAAGAAGGAAGGCAAGGACGUGAAGGGAGGCGAACCCAAGAAGGACGACAAGGACGUGAACGGAGGCAAACCCAAGAAGGAAGACAAGGACGUGAAGGGAGGCGAACCCAAGAAGGAAGACAAGGACGUGAAGGGAGGCGAACCCAAGAAGGACGACAAGGACAUGAAGGGAGGCGAACCCAAGAAGGAAGACAAGGACGUGAAGGGAGGCGAACCCAAGAAGGAAGACAAGGACGUGAAGGGAGGCGAACCCAAGAAGGAAGACAAGGACUUGAAGGGAGGCGAACCCAAGAAGGACGACAAGGCCAUGAAGGGAGGCGAACCCAAGAAGGAAGACAAGGACGUGAAGGGAGGCGAACAAAAGAAGGACAAAGACAAGAUGGGAGAUGAGAACAAGGACAAGGGCAAAAAGGAGGACACGGGUGAGAAGGAGAACAAGGACAAAAAAGAGGACAAAGACAAGGAGAAUGUGGAAAAGAAGGAGGGCAAGGAAAAGAAGAGAAGUAUUGUGAAAAGAGGUACUUUGAAAAGUGAAGUAAAGGGGAGUAAAGUGGAAAAGAAGGACAAAGACCAGAAAGAAGAUGCUGGGGAGAGCAAAGCAAGUAACAAGUCAAAGUGAAGGACAAACAGCACCUGAGUUGAUAAAAGAACAAAUGAGAAUUGAAUGAUUUCACUCCAACACAUCAACUUCAAAACUAGUUCCCAGUCAUCUGUGGUACAGAUUAAAAUCAUAACCUCCCUAUAUUCUUUUUAGUCACAAAGUUUCUGUUCCUUUGCUUGUAAUGUGGGGAAAGACUUUAUCAGUUUCAUCUUUUUAGGUCUCUCAGUCUCAAACUUCAGCUGAC